UUAGCUUACAUUGAGUGGUUCACGCCACUCAGGGAGCUGGACCACUCAUCUGGCCUGCACCAGGUGUUGUGUUUGACUCAUCAGCUGCACCAGAAUGCAGCUGUGAUACAUGUCGACAAAAUUGCUUGUCCUUGCCAUCUUAUUCCAAAGAUGGGACAA